AGGAGCAGUUUCCUGGAACAGAGGUGGACAUGUUUGCCCAUUUCAUAGGUGAGUCUCUGAAGAGGACCAAGGUCAGGGACUAUGUUCCGUCUCAGGAGGAGAUCGUAGCCUUACUGACCCGGCAGGAAAUGACUACUACGGUCUACUGCCACGGAGGAGGAUCCUGCAAGAUCUCCAUCAACUCACACACCACCGCUGGAGAGGUGGUGGAGAAGUUGAUCCGAGGCCUGGCCAUGGAGGACAGUAGAAACAUGUUUGCCCUGUUUGAACACAACAACACUACAGACCGGGCUGUGGAGAGCAGAGUCAUCGUUACUGACGUACUCGCCAAGUUUGAGAGGCUGUCAGGCAGUGAGGAGGUGGAGGAGGAGGGACAGUGGAAGCUCUACUUCAAACUCUACUGUUUCCUGGAUGUAGAGAGCGUGCCCAAGGAAGGGGUGGAGUUCGCCUUCAUGUUCGAACAGGCCCAUGAGUCUCUGACCAACGGUCAUUUCCCGGCCCCAGAAGACACCCUGCAGCACCUGGCUGCUCUCAGGCUCCAGUUCCUCCACGGGGACAAGGCCCGGGGCAGCUGGUCUCUGGACAACGUCUACCCUGUAGGGAGGCUACGCACACGCAUCCUGCAUUUCACCAAGGUGGGCGCGGCGGGGCCUGUGGGCCAAACCCUUGAGCGGAGGCGUACCAGCUUCCUGGACGGGACCCUGCGCCGCAGCGGGCUGAAGACAGGCUCCAUGAAGAAACAGAAGAUGGAGGAGGAACAGAUGCUGGAGAUGUGGGUGAAGGAGGAGACUUCAGCCACCAGAACCUCCAUCGUAGAGAAGUGGUCCAGACUUCAGGGACUGGACCAGCACACUGCCAUGCUCAAAUACAUGAACAUCAUAAAGGAGUGGCCCGGAUAUGGGUCCACACUGUUCGACGUAGAGUGUAAAGAGGGAGGCUUUCCUCACGACCUGUGGCUGAGUGUGAGUGCAGAGAACGUGUCGGUCUACAAGAGAGGAGAACCCAAACCUCUAGAGACGUUCCCCUACGAACACAUCAUCUUCUUCGGAGCUCCCCAGGCCACUACCUAUAAGAUCACAGUGGAUGACAGAGAGAUGUUCUUUGAGACACCUCUGGUUGGAGAGAUCAUCAAGAUCAUGAAAGCCUACAUCAACAUGAUAGUAAAGAAGAGAUGUAGCGUCAGAUCUGGGUCCAGCGACGGAACCAACUGGAUCAGGUGAUGUGAGACAAAACACAACCCAGUUGGCUUCCCCCACCGCCCCUGACCAGAAGGCUAAAAGGCUAGCACUACAAGGCUAAAAGGCUAGCACUACAGGCUAAAAGGCUAGCACUACAAGGCUAAAAGGCUAGCACUACAAGGCUAAAAGGCUAGCACUACAAGGCUAAAAGGCUAGCACUACAAGGCUAAAAGGCUAGCACUACAAGGCUAACCAGCAGGGUCCGUGAAGACAAGCUUCAAGACUAAAAGUCCAUGAAGACAGGACUGUUCUCUUCAACUCAGAUGUCUGGAUAACUGACGUCAGGCUGCUACUCCAGAACUCGUCCGACUCCGGUGUCCCUCAGUGUGGUGCGCCAAGCCAACAUUCAGAACAUUCUAGAAUGUGUAGCGCUAAAGGCUGUACUGCGUUCCUCAACCGUUUUAAAUAUUACUAUUCUAUAGCUGUCGACAGAGUGGAUAUCACGUUACCUUCUGCUACUAUUUACAUCAAUUUAUCAAUAGUAUGAACCAAUCAGGAUAUCACAUUUAAAAUUUCCUUUUGUAUUCAAGUUCUACCAUUUUCAAAUUCCUUUCCAAUGGAUUGAGAUUCAGAUUGAGUGAGAAAUGUCUCACUGUCAAGCCUUCCCGUGACUAGCUCCCCUUUCCUUAUAAGAAUAUUGUGUCUAUUUUUAUAAUUUGGCAAGUGUUAUUAUUAUUAUUAUUAUAACAUAUGUUAUUGUCUGGGCACCCAACUAUACCGUUAUAUAUUUACAAUGAGAAGAAGUUAUUCGUCUAAAGUAAAGGUUGAAAGACUUUUCCCUCAGGUUUUCUGAGCAAUAGGAGUUGAAUCCCAAACCAACCACAGAACCAGGGAGUUGAACCUCUUUACAUUUUGAUGCCUUAAAUAGGGUUUGCUGUUUCCAUCCAUGUUGUUAUUCUUUGGACUGUAAGUAAUAGGUUUUCACUUUCAAGAAUGGCGUCCCCGAGCCAGGGUUAUGUCAGGGUUCAUAGCUCGAUGGUUAUAACCAGUUAUAAUGCUGGAGGCAGAGGCUGCUGUUCUAUAGCCUGGUCCCAGAUCUGUUUCUGCUUUUGCCUACUCUGAUUAUGACGCUAAAUAUGUUUGAAAUGACAAUUCCAUAAGGAAGUUGGUGAAAGAGCAGAAAAAGCAGACUGGUGUGCCCAAAGCUAGCCUUUCUACCCAGUGCCUGAGAAGCAGGUUUUUAACUAACUGGUGAAAUAACACUUGUAUUUUAUAAGUUAAAUAUAACUAGAACAAACCAAUACAUAAUCCAUUACUACUAUAUUUAGGUUAUUAUUUAUUUACAAUAAAGGCAGUGGUUUAAUAUAGAACAUUUAGCUUAAUUCUGAAGAACGUUGUGAUAGAAUUUAGUCUGAGGUAUUUUUCAUUUAAAUGUUUUAUUUACUAUUUUUGAUUUGAAACCAGUUUUGUCCUUGUAAUUAAAUGUUUUCUGACAA